AUGACUUACUCUCGAACCUCGCGAAGGGUUCGUGUGCAGUGGCCUCCAGCGCCCUGCGUCGAAGAAGAGCCUCAGUCUUUAUCGAAAGAGCUGCAUGGUCUCUUGAACCUCGGGGAAAAGCCAGGGACCGAAGGUGUUCACUUCAGAGGUGCUAUCGACCAGUAUCCCAUCCUGGUGACUCCUACUCCCCCUCCGCAAUCGAGCUCCCCGGACAGUGUUCCAAGUGUGCCUGGGUUGGGACAUAUGUCCUCUUCCGAUGAGAGCAAUGGGCCAGCGACGCCGCCCCCAGAGGAGCCGGUUAUACGGAACACAGUCAGGUUCCGAGAUGAACAAACUUCAAAGCCUAUUCCACUUCAGACUGCAAGCCAGCCCAAAAGCCAGCCUCAAAACCAACCCAUUCGGCCCCAGCAACCACAGCAAACCAAGCGCGAGCCCCGCGCCCCCAGCGUGCAGCGCGAAUCGCGGCCCCCUUCUCGUCCCCAACAAAGCACCACUGGUAGACCCAUUAUGCCAGUUGAGUAUGGUUCUCACGCUUUGCGUGGAGAAAGUCCACUGGAUCGCACCGGUCGUCGAGCUCCUGUGUCAGAGAACACAGUCGUGCCUCCAUCCAAGCCAUCUGUGGCUCGCUCAAACAGUGCCCGGCCUGCACCUUCGGUACCACGGCCACUACCAGAACGCCUCCGAGGUGAGACCAGCUCGGGAUAUCUGUCUGAUUCGGCCACUUCUUCCAAAGCGCAGCACGUGUGCCAAGCGGACGCACCUCUUCAAUACCCUAUGCCCACGGUCCCUACAAAUCCCGUGCAACAUGGGCCCACCCUUGCAGAACGCAUUGAGGAGAAGCUCAAACAGCGACAUGAGCAACGAGACCCAGGGUCCAUGUCGGACUCAGAUGCACGCAAGCCAACCACAGCGGCCAAAAUCUCCAACAUCGCAAUCCCAAUUUUGUUCCCUCACCCGGCCCCAGCUACGGCACCUCAAUCACCCACCCGGGAUCCCCGUGUCCCGAGCCACAAAGCCCAACACGAGCCGCCCACAUCGCGAUCUCGGGCAAAAUCGGUCACUGCGCCACCCGCUCGGUCGAUGUCUGGAGCUCGUCCUCCCCCUAUCCCGCGACCAUUGCCUGAGAUGAUUGAGAAGUCCAAGCCAAUCGCAAGCCUAGUCGCCGCAGCUCAAGCUAGCCCUGACAGGCCUGUCGUCCAGCCAGUCCCUCGGCAUGAAAUUCCAACCCAGCCGAACCCAGACAGGUCGCUGACCCAGCCCGCUGCUCGGCACUCCAGUGCAACUCGAUCAAGUCCCGACAGAUCCACAGUCAACCCUAGCUCCCGGCAUCCUAGCACAUCCCCUCAGCGCCCAAACUCGACAGGAAUGGGCCUCUCACCGUGCCCUCGCACCAUCGCGGUAGCCGGUUACCAAGACUGGUACACGCUCAAAGGCCUGACGCACCUUGACAUCUGCCCAUCAUGCAUGAGCCAAAUUGCAAACUCGCGAUACCGAGACUUCUUCAUCCCAAGCCUAGCCAAGCCAGCCAACCAAAAGACCCGCUGCGCCUUCGCAAACGCCUGGACCCGUCUCGCCUGGGCCCAAAUGAUCAAAAAGCAACAUGAAAGCCUAGAACUGCUCUACCAAAUGACCCGUCCACCACCCGGAGCCCGCGCAUGCCCCGGCCGUAUCGUCGCCGAACAGCCCUGGUACAGGGUCUACGACCCAGAAACCGGCACAGACCUAUCAAACUUCCAUGUCUGCGGUAGCUGUGCACGAAACGUCCGCAUCCUCAUGCCCGCCCACCGCGACACAUUCAUCCAGAACCCUGAGCCAACAGAACGAAUCUGCGACUUCAUAACGUCGUCACCGCGCUUCGUGAAGUUCAUCGAUCUCCUCGAUGCAUCAGCUUCACGCGCAGAAGUCGAUCGCGCCCGCCGACCCGACACACGCGAGUUCUUAAGCUACGCCAAGCGCAAGGCCUCUCUUCGAGACUGUCGGCGCGACAGACCGACUCUGAGCACUUGGCACUAUAUCCCGUCGCUGCCUGAGAUGUGCGUGUGCGAAGACUGCUAUGAUGAAGUAGUCUGGCCGCUUGUGAGACUCCAUCAUCCGAUUGCGCGGAUGGUAACGAGUUCGAUGCGCAUUCUGCCGGGUGAUGCGCCUGGACGGACGCGGGAGGCGAGCUGUCAGCUUUAUUCGCCGCGGAUGAGGGCGAAGUUCCGUGAGGCGGUUGUGAGGGAUGAUUAUGGGAUGUUGGAGACUAUUGCUAAGAGGAGGAUUGAAGCUGAGAGGAGAUUUAUUGAUCGUCGGGAGGAGUUGCUUGAGGCUUCUGGGAAGGGGUAUGAUUGUGAUGAGGAGAUGAGGAAGGCGGUUGAUGAGUGGAGGAAAUGGGAGUGA